CCUUCCUGCUGCCCACCAUCGUCAGGCCCUCGCAGGGGAUGUGUGGCACCUACCUGAGCCUGGCAGCCGGCCACGGUGACAGAGCCCUCAGCGGCAUCGUGCAGGUUUUGGUAAAUGUUUUAACGCUUAACAAGAAUCUGAGUGAAAGUUUGUCACUUGGUCGACUUCACCCCCAGCUUCAGUCCAACACCUUGCAGGUUGACAGUGAGUUUCCUGAAGAAGAUAUUGCCCUUCUUGUGGCCAGGGGCCAUCAGGUGGAUAAAGUCCCCGUGGUGUCCCUGGUGCACGGGGCCAGGAGAACCAACAGUUUCAUCAUUGGCCUGAAGGACCCCAGGAGUGCAGAUGCUGCUGGAGCCACAAUCUUGUAGCAGCCCCCGGGGCCGUGGGCUGUGGCAGGGCUGACACACAACCCUGAGAUGUGCAUGUUCUGCAGUGGCCCCUUCCCCAGCCCCCACACUGCUGGGAAGGUGUUCUGCACUCCCCAGAGGAGCCAGCAGCAGCAACAUCCAGCUCUCUUUUCAUUUUUCAGUCCUUGGGCCUGGUUACAGGAGUGGCAGGAGCACUUUUCUUUUGGCAGUCUUGCUAAUAGUUCAGUCUUUCCAAAGCUCAGUUCUAGCCAGCAUCUUACUUUUAGGGGUCAGGAACAUGAGCACGGGAAAAAACAGCUGCUGUUAUUAUUGAUGGUGAUUAUCCUCAUCUCCCUGUCUUUCCCAAGCUCCUUCUUUGCUUCCAGUGCAAGCCAGUAAUUAAUAGAGCCUGGUGGAAUGUUUGUAGGUGCCUGCAGCUGGAAUAUUGAGGAGUGCUCUAAUAUUCCAUGUGGGCCAGCUGAUUUUUGCCAACGUGCAGCAUCCCAGGGAAGUUCCUGUGCCCACAUCACUACCUACCUUGAAUUCUGGCAGUAAAUAUUUUGAAUCUAGUUGCUGCACAGACUCACUGGCAGUCUGAUUUUGUAACCUGAUUUUCACCACCUCUAACAACUUCUUCCUGUAACAACUUGUGCAUCCCCCAGUAGUUUUCUUACAGAGGUUUAACCUCCUCACUGGUGAAUUUCAGAUUAAUGGUAGCAGGUUUAAAUUUCUUAGACACUCUUUGGAGAUAUUUUAGCAGUACUCCACAAUGAAAAACCACAGAUCACAAACUGAAGAGCACAUAGAGAGCAUUUAGGUGGGUUCAGAGCUUUUCUUCCACUGCAUUAUCUCAAUCUGUUCCAAAAGCCUGGGUCACUCCUACAGAGAGGCUUGGGAAUUUCUGCUGGCUGAAUUAAUGGCUGUACCUUAGCUCUGUGUUUUAGUCCCAGUGAAUCUAUUGGAAAAGCUGAAGAGAGUGAGAGGAAAAGUAGAAACCAAGCCAAGCACUACUGAGAUAAUUUUCUGUCCACAGCAUGUAGUGAAAAUAAAAGAAUGCUCUUGCAUUUUGUGUCUGAAAUUGAGGAGGGAAGAAUACCCCAGCUGACAUCUGCACCAGGUCAUUCAGCCCACAUUUGGACAUUUCUUGUUCUUUUUGCUGGCUAGUUAGAGACACUUGGCACUGAAAAAUCCAGAGAUUGAUCAUUUUCUGCAGUCUAAAAUGUGAUGUUUUCCUUCAUGGUGCAAAUGCACCCAUGGCCACUGUACAUAUUAUAUAUGUAUGUCUGCUUAUGGUUGUGUUGCUCUUUGAUUUGGUGAUGACACCACUCACCCUGUGGCUCCCUGUCUGUGCCACCUCUGGCACUGGAGGGCAUGGGCUGGUUUUGGGGAGGUUGGGGCCACAGGGCAGAUGAUUGGACUGGAUAAUUGGACUGAUUGUUCCUGGGCUGUGGCUCCCGAACAGCCCAGUGCAGCACGUUGGCUGUGUGGGAACAGAGGUGUUUGCAUGCUCAGCUGGAGUGCAGCCACCCAUGAGGGGAACAGAGCAGCUCCCACUGACAGCACCAUCAGCAGCAUUUCCUGAUCCAAGUACAUCCAUGCCCUCAGCUGGGACAGGGGAAGCACAGUGUUCUAUCUGUGACAUGCUCUGUGCCACCAAGAAGAGACUUUCUUCACCACAGGGACACCAAAUCUAUUUAUUUCUUUCUCUGUCAUCAGCACUGGAGUUGGUCACUGAGCAAGGAUGGAGAGAUGUAAAUGUGUCAUGGAGCAGAGCUCUUCAGGCUCUGUGGGAAGGCAAGGAGGCAGUUCUGUGGGUUGAACCUCUCUGGAGAUGGUCUGGGGUUUUCUGCUCUGUCCCAGCCCUGAUCUGUCCCUUGGGCAUGGAGGUUCUCUAUGAACAGCUGCAAAAUAUGUGAUCGAGUCAUUGUCAGUGCAGAACUUUGCAUGAAAUGUCACAAAACACCUUGAAAGAUUAAAUUCCUCCUUAUUAACUGAAUUCACCAACUUCUGAUGCUGGAUACCGUGUAUAUGUUUGGGAGUAAAAGACUUUGGUCUUGAUUCAAAAGGGCACUCCUAUGUCCCAAAUUACAAUUUCACAGCAAUUAUCCAGAAUCUUAAAAUAAAGCAUGUUCUGUUCUGCUCAA